AUGUAUCGCCAGAGGUUUUUGUCGGCUAAAGAACUAGAAGAUUUGUUAAUGAAUCCAAGUUCAGACGAAGAUGAUGAAUUGAACCAGAAAGUAGAUAAAGCUAUUGAAACAAACGUGAUUAUUUUGCCUCCAAAAAAUGAUGCUUUGAGUGACCAUGAAGAAAUUGAUGAUAACGUCCAAUUAUUGGAAGACGUGAACAUAUUGCCAAAUGAACUAGCCGGUGAAUUAGAGCUGGAAUGCAUAUUAGACGAUCUACAAUGUGAGCCAAAUGAUUCAGAAAAUGCAUCAACAUCACAAAAUAUUGCAUCAACUUCUAAAAAGGAAUCGACGUCUUUUCAAUAUAAAUUACCAAAGUGGUCAAAGAGCCAUCGAGUUGGCUUUUCAAAUACUCCAAAAGACGUAUCAAGUGAAAAGAUUCAAGCGAUCUAUAACAAAAUAGGCAGUUUCAAUCCUCUUCAAAUUUUCGAAUUAUUUCUUGAUAAUGAGAUUAUCAGUUUCAUUGUUGAAAGCACCAAUACGUAUGCUAAUGCGAAUAGAAAUAAUUUAACAUUCAAGACAAAUUUCAAUGAAAUCCGUACAUUUAUUGGAAUAAUGUAUUUUUCUGGAUUGCAUACAGUUCCUCAGUUGGAUUUAUAUUGGUCCAAUCAACCAGUCUUUCGCUGCAAUAUAAUAAAAGAAGCCAUGAGCCGAGACCGCUUCAAACUUAUCAAAUCCUUCUUACAUGCCUGUGAUAACAGUACAAUUGAUCCCAGCGACAAGUUUGCUAAAGUCUCAACUCUAAACAACAUGCUCAAUAAGAAUUUUAUGCAGUUCGGAGUAUUUUCCCAUCACCUUUUAAUAGACGAACAAAUGAUACCCUACUAUGGACGUCAUUCUGCAAAAAUGUUUAUAAGAGGGAAGCCAAUUCGUUUUGGAUACAAAUAUUGGGACCUGUGUUCUCACGAUGGAUAUUUAUAUCAAUUCAUUCCGUAUGGUGGUGCAAGUGCUGAUAAUUCCCCUGGAUUUGGCUUAGGGGAAAAUGUUGUUCUGAGACUUCUUUCUAAUAUCGAUGUUCUAGACCAACACACAGUUACUUUUGACAAUUUUUUCACGUCGCACAAACUGAUUUAUCGUCUUUCAGAAUUGGGUUACUUCGCAACAGGCACUGUUCGUGAAAAUAGAACUGGUAAAGCAAAGUUGACAGAACCCAAACAAAUGAAGAAACAAAAUAGAGGAACUAUGGAUUUUGCAUUCGACAAGGAAAAUGGAAUUGCCGCUGUUCGUUGGAACGAUAACUCCAUUGUAACAGUUCUUUCGAAUCAUUUGAUGGACCAACCAAUCACUCAAGCAAAACGGUUUGAUCGAAAAAAAAAGGAAACACGUCAACAUUCUCAUGCCCAAUGCAAUCCAUAA